GUCGGCGGCGUACGACAGCGUAGGAGCGAGUGGCAGUGCGCCCACUACCGAACUAGAUGUGCGUAAAUGGAAGGUAUAGGGGACAUAGGCGAUCAUCAAUCGCAUAGCGAGCAAUUACUGGACUCGGUCGAUUCCCCGGCGGCGGUGUCUACGCAUGGCCGGGGCGGUGGGGGCGGCUCGAAUGGGAACUGUGGUGGAGGAGGCGGAGGCGCAGCAGGAGGAGGAGGAGGAGGAGGAGGAGGAAGUGGUAGCGGCGGGGGUGGUGGUAGGGGCAGCGUGGUCGGUGGGGGUAGGCAUCACAACCACCACCACCACCAUCACCAUCAUCAUCACCAUCACGGCCACCACCACCAUCAUCAACAGCAGCAGCAGCAGCAGCACGAGGUCGUGCACGAAAUGGGGGGUGGUAGGAGCGGCAGAGGAGGCGGCGGCGGCGGCAGUGGUAACGGGGGUGGUGGCGCCGGCGCUGGUGGUGGCGGCGGCGGCGGCGGUGGUGGUGGUAACGGAGGAGGUAGCGUCGAGGGUAUGUCUUCGUCGGCCUCUCAAAGCCCCGACAUCGCGUGCGCGAGCCUACCGCUGGAACUGCUCGCGGCUGGCGCGCUCGGCGUCAAGGAGGAGCGAGACCUCGCCGCCGCGGAGGAUCUGUCGUCGUCCCAGGAUCCGCCGAGCGUCGGCGGUGGUGGUGGCGGCGGUGAUAGUGGUGGCGGCGGCGGCGGCGGUGGCGGCGGCGGCGGCGGCGGCGGAAUCGGAGGCAACGGUGACGGUGGCGGUGGCGGCGGCGGCGGCGGACGCGCCGUCGGUGGCGGCAACGGCAACGGCAACAGCAGCAACGGCAGCGGUGGUAACGGCGGCGGCGGCAGUGGCGGCAGCGGCGGCGGCGGCGGUAGUGGCAGUGGUGGUAGUAGUAGUAGUGGCGGCGGUGGCAGGCAGAGCGCGCGGGAGUCCCUGUCGGUGAUCGUGCCGCCUCAGGACGUGGACGUGGACUCGCGCGACGCCGACGACUCGGAGCUCCUCAGUCCGGGCAAGCUAACGCCUACGUCGGGGAUCAGCGUGUCGGUCGCGAGCAUGAUCGACGCGACGGACUUCAGGGCGAUGCAGCCGGAGCCGACGUAUCAGACCCUGACCUCGGUGGCGGAGAGGAUGUCGCCGCCCGGCUUCAGUCCCGGCUCGUCGUACGCCACGCUGACGCCGCUGCAGCCGUUACCGCCGAUCUCCACGAUGAGCGACAAAUUCGUUUACGGUGGUCACGCGGCCGGCGGCGUCACCGGCAGCUUCGCCGUGAUGCAGAACAACGGCCUGGGUAACAUCGGCCUCAGUAUGGGCGGCUCGCCGUACACGUACGACAAGCUACCUACGAUGGGCAUGUCGCCGUCGCACAAUUAUCCGUCGCCGGGCGCGGGACUCCAACCGAGCCCGCUCUCGCCGCAGAGCGGGUACAGCCAGAGCGGCCUCAACUCGCCGCACAAAUCGUCCGCGAGUCCGCAUUACGACCCGGCGUUUCUGCCGCGAUUACAACAGAGCCCGGCGGCGCUUAGCCCGUCCUCGCCGCCGGCCGUCUCGGCCACGGCGAGUUUCGCGCCAUCGCAUCAUUCCCCGCCUGGCACGCAUUCCGUGCCGAGCGCGGCAUCGCCGCCACCGACUAUGCAGACGCAACUGCAACAGCAGCAGCAGCAGCAACAGCAGCAGCAGCAGCAGCAGCAACAGCAGCAGCAGCAACAGCAGCAGCAGCAGCAGCAGUCGAUGACGCAGCAGCAGACGAUAUCGCACACGCAGCACGUGCAACACACGUCGGUGGUGAUGAAGACGGUGUCGGCGGCGGGCAACGGCGGCGCCGGCGAAGUCGAGGAGAUCAACACGAAGGAGCUCGCGCAGCGUAUCAGCGCCGAGCUCAAGAGGUACAGCAUACCGCAGGCGAUAUUCGCGCAGCGGGUGCUGUGCCGCAGCCAGGGCACCCUCAGCGACCUGCUGCGCAACCCGAAGCCCUGGUCCAAGCUCAAGAGCGGCCGCGAGACCUUCCGGCGGAUGUGGAAGUGGCUGCAGGAGCCCGAGUUUCAGAGAAUGUCGGCCUUGCGGCUAGCAGCCCUGAGCAACUGCUCUGAGAGCGGAGGCGAGCCGGACGCCAUGCUGGACAUGCACCACCCAGGAACCGGGAUCGACUCGCACCAUCCGCAGUUUCACAACUCCUAUGCUGCACAGAUUCCACAACGCGGAACAUGCAAGAGGAAAGACGAGAUGGCGAACCAGGCAGAACACCAACAGCCCGCCCCCAAGAAACCGCGGCUGGUUUUCACAGACCUUCAGCGCCGUACUCUACAGGCUAUUUUUAAAGAGACCAAGAGGCCGUCGAAGGAAAUGCAGGUGACAAUCGCGAGGCAAUUGGGCCUGGAACCGACGACGGUCGGGAACUUCUUCAUGAACGCCCGACGCCGCUCCAUGGACAAGUGGAAGGACGAGGACCCGAAGACGGUCGCGGUCGAGGAGGAACAGCUGUCGCCCACGAUAGGGAUCGGCCAGCGUCAGCCGAGCGACGUUUUGUGACACACGUCCGACCACGAGGAGUACCAUGACGAGUCGCCCGACGAGGACCUGCCCUUCUCGUAAGGGCAGCGUAUCACCUCGUGGACGCACCCCCGCCGGCACGUUUGAGCCCUUCAGGCGAUCUCUCGACGCGUCCCGCGAUUUCUAAAUUAACCCCUUCAAAGUCUCCUUUCUUUUUACCAUUUCGGUACUGAUGAUUGGCUACUCAAGAGUAAUCAAACAAAAUCCUCUAGAAUCUUUUUAAUUAUUUGAUGCUUGAUUCACGAAACCUUAUUACGCUUCCCCAGUAAGAGAAAUCAUCAUUUCGAUGUCGAUUCGACGUCGAAUUGAUAUCGAAUUGAUUAUCGUUUGUCGCUGGUUUUGAUAAACAAUCAAUUUGGUUUUGGAGCAAAUUUUAAGAUUAAACUCGAGGAGCAUCUUACAACAAGUUUAGACCUUUCCUUCGCAACAUUCGAGAGAUCAUGUUCGAAAUUGACAUGAGUUCAUUAUCGUUUUUGAAGAUCGAACGGUGUCGAGUGAGGGGGCGUCCCAGCCGCUGAAUACGAUCGAUCAUUACGACUCCUGCAAAGCGAUCCGAAUUGGAUCUGCCGUAUCGUACGACCUUGCGUUUCUUUUUUGCUUUAGACCAGUGCGUUUCCGAUCGACAGAUCGUUUUCACACUUGAGGCUCUUGAAUCGAUUAUGUUCGAGGUCGAAGAAACGGACGAGUCAAUAUCCAAGUGCAUAACUGAGGCUGUCAUGAUUACAUGCAAUGAUUUUCCCAUUUGAUUUUUCACACAAGAGUUUUAUCUAUAUAAUAUAUAUUUACUAUUCUCUCACACGUAAUUUAUCUCUCACGAUAAGCGAGCUAUCCUUCGCGCGAUCAGCCAUAACUUUAAGAUCCGCGACUCGUCGCCUCGUUUCCUCGAUCUCGCGCACCUCGUAAACUUCGUGCCAUAGUUUGGCCAUAUUAGCGCAUAAGUUUUAUACGCGGGGCUCGGCGCUCCGCGCGUCCGACUCUUAGCGUUCUAGUCCACUGUAAUAAGUUCCAAAGAGGAACCCGUCGGUGCUGAUGUUCGAUCAGUGGCGGUUCCUCUCCUCUAGUCAAAACUCAGAAGCUCGACUUCUGAAUCCUUCGCUGAAAGCGUGAAAGACUCGUUUUUCCCUUUAUUUUCUCCCUCUUCUUUACGCGUGGCUAAAGUUAAGUUUGUAAGCCGCUAUGUUGCCAACUCGGGACCCGCGACAACCAUCCCCUUCCACAGCAAAAUUUACACCACCUUAGGCUGUAGCCACUAGUAGUCAAAGGGACGGUUGUCGCGGACCCAGGUCGACAACGUGGGGUCUCCGUUUGUCUCGGUUUUUGUUAUUUUAUAUAUAUAUAUAUAUUUUAAAGAGGAAGGACAGUCGCUACUUUAAGCGGGACAGCGAAUACCGCGAGGGCAAAUGUCGAGUAACCGCACGCAAUUCCACACAAGCGCUUUGACAAUCGCGGGCGAGUAAAUACUUAGAAGAGCUCGUUUUCCACUUUUUCUUAAUCCUCGAGACUUAGCUCUCCCCUCGCUCCUUAUACCGCGCACAGGGCGGUUGCGAAAGUUCGAGGAGGGGUCUGUCUCCCUCAAGAUGCCCGAGAGAUGGAGAUAUGUCACGAGUUAAAGCGGCGACUGAGUCCUGACCACCGCGUGCGUGCGUUAACGCUGUCGUUCGAGAUUAAAAUACAAUUUUUAUUUCGCUCACCAGUUCAUAAACGGCCGGCAGUCGUUUUUAAUGGCUGCACGGGGUGCCAAAUUAAAAUCGCUUCCUCCGUCGUCUUUUCCUCGGUGGUUCGUACUGAAACCUCCGAACGUCAGAUGAUUCAGUCUGAAAAUGUGAAAACACACUUCACGGCUCAAGUCGAGAGGAGGAGGAGGAGGAACGCGAUUUUUUUGUUUUACGCACCCCGCGCGCGCUCUAAAGCGACUCGAGCCCCUUUGAGGGACCGGUCGGGGUAUUUCACCAAUAUACGGUGGGGUCCGGUGUAAUGAUCGCGCAAUCAGCGGCGCGCUAAAUGCGCGACCGGGCUCGUCGUGUCCUCGUUGGUCAGACGAAACGUGAACCAAUUUUCAAAGUGGCUUCGUGUGAGGGUACACGUGCCAAGUGAUAUAUAUAUGUAUGUAUAAACAUGUAUAUCAGAGAGUGGACACUGUUUUGUGCGAACCGAUGGCGAGAGGGAGGUUUUGUGGGGAGAGGGAAGAGCGGAAGGAGCGAAAGAGAGAGAGAGAGCAAUUUUUAAAAUGGGUGGCUACACCGCUGUGUACGAGA